AACAGCCCUUCUUCAUUCCGUCCAUGAUGCUAUCCUCACUAGGUCGUUCGUGUUCAGCACACAAUGUCGCUCACUCAAUACGCGCAUCUGCCAUAUACUCCACUCAUCGUCGUGCGAUGAUGUCCGCCUUAAGCUCUCAACCUCAGAGACCAUUAGAAGCACAUUCUAGCUCCAACUCAAAGCAGCCUCUCAAAGAUUCACCACCUGUUGUCGUACCCUCUGCGAAGUCACUAUCAUCCGAUGCAGCAUCUCCGCAGGUAGCCGCUCGCCCACCACCUGUUCCGAAGGCAGAGCGGCCGCGGCCAACUAUUCGGUCCACCAAGGCGGUGUUAAGUAUGACACCUACUGCGAUGCAGCGGCUGCGUGGCUUGCUUAAUAGUCCGACACCACAAUUAAUCCGUAUAAGUGUGCGAAACAAGGGUUGCGCUGGCCUGUCGUACCACCUUGACUAUGUGGACAAGCCGGAAAAGUUUGAUGAGGUGGUACAGCAGGAUGGGGUUAAGGUGCUGAUAGACAGCAAGGCACUUUUCUCGAUAAUAGGCAGUGAGAUGGACUGGAAGGAGGAUGCGCUAAGCUCCAAGUUCGUGUUCAAUAAUCCUAAUAUCAAGGAUGCAUGUGGAUGCGGAGAGUCAUUCACUGUUGCAUAGUAAUUCAUACGGAGCACAUCUAAUACUACCUGGAGUAUUCAACGUACUCUUCCGUGUUUCACCAUUUGUUAUUUCUGUUAUUUACACACCACAUUCAGCUGUAUCCCUACCAUACGCACCUCACGUAUUUUCAAUCCAUAGAUGACAAUUUCAUCUGAGCUGCUUGCUCACCUUUCACAUUGACAUCACUUGGUAUCUCACGCG